AGGAUCACCAAACCUCAACGUAAAGAAGAAUAAUGCCCCACCUUACUCUUCCAAAAGGAUAUAUACCGUUCCACUCGAUCGGACUCCGCGCGCGCGCGCUGGUGACGCAGCUGCUGCGCCGGAAGUGCGAGCCGUGGGCUCCGGGACUCAGCUAUGGCUGCUGCGGCAGCACGGUGGAACCAGUGUGGGUCGGCACCGAUACCGGCAUCCUGAAAGGCGUGAACCUUCAGCGCAAACAAGCGGCGAACUUCACGCCGUCGGGACAGCCGCGGCGCGAGGAGGCGGUGAGCGCCCUGUGUUGGGGCGCGGGCGGCGAGACUCAGAUCCUGGUGGGCUGUGCGGAUGGGACAGUGAAGCACUUCAGCACCGAGGAGGGCAGGUUCCAGAGUCAGAGGCACUGCCCCGGAGGGGAGGGCAUGUUCCGAGGCCUCGCCCAGGUCGACGGCACCCUCAUCACAUGUGUGGAUUCUGGGAUUCUUCGAGUCUGGCAUGACAAUGACAAGGAGGCAUCCUCUGACCCUCUCUUGGAACUGAGGGUGGGCCCUGGGGUGUGUAGGAUGCGCCAAGACCCAGCGCGCCCCCACAUGGUUGCCACAGGUGGGAAGGAGAAUGCUCUGAAGGUGUGGGACCUGCAGGGCUCUGAGGAGCCUGUGUUCAGGGCCAAGAACGUACGGAAUGAUUGGCUCGACCUGCGGGUUCCCAUCUGGGACCAGGACAUACAGUUCCUCCCUGAGUCACAGAAGCUCGUCACCUGUACAGGGUACCACCAGGUCCGUGUCUAUGAUCCAGCCUCCCCCCAGCGCAGGCCGGUCCUCGAGGCCACCUACGGAGAGUACCCACUGACAGCCAUGACCCUCACUCCUGGGGGCAAUUCGGUGAUUGUGGGGAACACUCAUGGGCAGCUGGCAGAAAUUGACCUUCGGCAGGGGCGCCUACUGGUCUGUCUGAAGGGGCUGGCGGGCAGCGUCCGAGGGUUGCAGUGCCACCCUUCAAAGCCCCUUCUAGCCUCCUGUGGCUUGGACAGAGUCUUGAGGGUACACAGGAUCCGGAAUCCACGGGGCCUGGACCAUAAGGUUUACCUCAAAUCUCAACUGAACUGCCUCCUGCUGUCAGGCAGGGAUAACUGGGAGGAUGAACCCCAAGAGCCUCAAGAGCCCAACAAGGUGCCCUCAGAAGACACAGAGACAGAUGAACUCUGGGCUUCCUUGGAGGCAGCUGCCAAGCGGAAACUCCCCAAUUUGGAGCAGUCCCAAGGCGCCCUCCAAACCAGACAGAAAAAGAAGAAGCGGCCUGGGUCCACCAGCUCCUGAAGAGGCAAAGAAGGGGUCGAUGCAGACUCGGCGGAAAACCGGAAUCUCAGGUCGCACGAAAGGCUUCUGAUCACUGUGCUGUGGCGGCGGCU